UUUUUUUUUUUUCUUUUUCCUUUUCUUUUUUUUUUUUUCUUUUGCAUCCUCUGAUUCUUCUUCCUCUCUUUCUCUCCUUUAACACUUCUUCUUCUUUUUCAUCAUUACUCUCAUAUUUAUAUUAUUAAUCCUUCUGGGGAGAGCCUCAGUGGUAGGUGGAUUAUCGUUCCUUGGAUUCCACAAACUUGCUCGAGAUGAACAAGAAAAAACGAUCAGACUCUCUUGGGAAAACAAAUGGUAUACUUUGGACUUUAUGGAUUUUUCAGGUGGACUUCAACAAGCUACAGUGAAGGAUCUAAAGGAAAAGUGUAGAAAACUUACUAAUGUACCUAUUGCUACUAUGAAUUUGAAAGUAUCUGGUGCUCAUAUCAAGGACGAAACUGCUACUCUCGAAAGCGUUGGUAUUCAUUCUUAUUGUGUGGUGGUACUCAAUGGAGAAGUAGUUGAUCAAAAGCAAGUAGAACAACAAACAAUUUCUGGUAAUCCUGAAGAAUAUGGAUUAGUGAAACGAAUCAACGAUAUUGUGGAUGACCUUUCUACCAACUUUAUAUCGAAGAUCGAUGCCUAUGAAGCUUUGGUGACAGAACAACAAUUAGUAUUCAACAAGCAGCAGAAACUAGAUGAUGAUAGUAAAAAGAAGGUACAGGAUCAAGGAAUCUAUUGUUCAGAACGACUUAUGCAAGCUUUAAUACGACUGGAUGCGGUGGAAUGUCCUAUGGAUUUUGAUACAGCAAGGCAAAAACGAAAGGAAAGUGUACGAUAUACACAAAAACUAUUAGAUAGAGUAGAUGGGGUACGUACUAUAGCUAGAUCCAUAUGUACACAUUAGAACAACUAUGCUGAAAAUAAAAAUAAAAUUAAAAUGAAAUAAAAAUAAAAAAAAUUUACAAAUUCC